AUGCAGGACAGAGGUUAUGAGCAGCCUGUCCCUCUCUGUGUAAUUAUGAAAGAGCCUCAAACUUUUGAGAAAAGCCCUUAUGUUGGAAACUAUAAAAACAAUUCUGAGGAUUCAUCAUGUUAUGAACUCUUUUAUGAUUCCCUAUCAGAUAUACAAGAUGGGGACUUUUCACAUGAACUAUCUGCCUUUCUCAGUGAAGAUGAGAUAAACAAAAGCCUUGAAGUUGCUCAUCAAUCCAUUAAUUCUGUUGAAGAAGAAGUUAAGCAAGAGUAUUCUUACUUUAACACUUCUCCAAACUCACCAGAAAAUGCCUCUUCUGGGCAAGCCAAAGCACAUGACAGUUAUCCUCCCAAGAAAAAUUGCGCAACCAGCUCCACCUCCUUGUGGCCCUCAUCUCAAACUCCUACAGAGCAGCAGGAUCAGAAUGCAUAUCCUCAAGGAAAAGAUGGUAAACAAGCAAGUGCUUUUCCCUUCCUGCCUGCAAGACCCAGCUUUAUCCGAACUCUAAAAAAUGCUGAAAGGUGUAGUUUAAAUGGCCAAAAGGUGAGCCCUAAAUCUAAAUCAGUUUUGACAAGUACUGUCCCCUCCAAGAAUAAGCUAUGUGAUAAAGCUGCCACUUUGAUUGAAGAACUGUCUUCUAUUUUUGAUGAAGCAGCCAAGAUGAGAGUUGAGAAUCCAAAUGGAAAUUCCUCAUCUCCAGAUAGUGGGUAUCUUUCUCCUAAGAGGAAGCAAUUAGCUUUGUCAAAUUCUUUAAAGAAUUCAGUACUUGAAACAAGUUUAGAAAUCACACCCAAAAAUGAGAUCUCAGAAGUCACUCAGGUUAAAGAAUGUGUGGGCCAAAGGAAAGAAGACUCUCAGAUUGGUGAGACUGUCUCUCAAAAUGAAGUUGCAAAAGAAAGUCAGAAUCAAUUAUUUCCCCCUCGAUUUAUCCAGAAACUGAGAAGUCAAGAAAUUCUUGAAGGAAGCAAGGUUCUACUUCAGUGCAGAGUUGCUGGAAACCCAGAACCUCAGAUCAGGUAA